AUGGAAGAGUACAAUUUACGGUCCACAAGUGUGGGCAACCUGUCAAAAUUGGACCCUGCUCAAACCCCGCCGGAAAGCAUGGACUUUCUAGCGCCCGUCAAUUUUGACGACUUCCACAACAGCAUCAUGGCGGAGCCCACAUUAAACCACUUUCCUAUGCCUGGAAAUGGUGGAACUGGUGGAGCGGCCUCUGAGAACCGCGAUUCGGGUCUGUCAACCAACAGUGAAUGGACAAACAAUAGCUACGAGAGCAAUAUAUCGGAUCGGACGCGAGGUGCUUCAGCUCGACGCAAGAGCGAGGUGUCACGUCUGAUUGGCCUGAACCCUGCGAACUCAAGACUAUCAACGACCUCCGCCAAUGCCCGCGGCCGCCGCUCAAGUAUUGCACAGCCCAAUGAUGCUGGUCCUGUCAAUUCUCGAGCGUCACGAAAAUCUAUCAGCUCAGGGGCUUUUGGUCCCACAAACGCUUCAGCAAGGCGUGCCAGUCUGAGCGCUCGUAAGAUCAGUAUGGACACAACUCGGACCGAUCCGAACAAUUUUCUUCGGCCUCGUGGUCAACCAACCGAACCACCGCGGGACGAGACCAGAGUGCCGUCGUCUGUUCGGAGCCUUAAGGCCAAGUCUAUGCAACCCUCUCCCCGUGAGCCGCGUAGCACUUUUUUGACUGCGACCGGCACGACGGACCACUCACGCCAAGCGAAUGUCAAUGAUGCCAACCGUUCCUCCCAUGCCUCACACCCCUCCUACACCAACAGAGCCGCUUCCCAUCCGGCCUGUGUCAUCGACUCAAUCACCUUCUCUUCUCCCCAGGAAAAGCGUCACACCGUCGUCCAACCGAACGACUCCAGACCCGAAUCGCAAAUCAUACAGCUCUGGGUUGUCAUUAUCAUCAAACACAAGUUACAACUCGAUUCGGAAUUCUGGAAGUUCUCUCCAACCACGUCUGUCUCAGAAUUUCUCCUCUUCCCGAUUACCCACACCGAAACCACGUACGGAGCAGAAUUCCUCUUCUUCCACAGGGAAGAAGUUCCGCCAGUGCCCGCAAUUCCCAAGGCUUACGAGUCGCCUAAGGGUGAGCUUGAUGCGCCUGUCUUCUCGGGGCCCAGGAAGUCCAGUUUACCGGUCGACCUUGGUCUUCUUAACAUUUCUUCACGGGAUUCAGACUCAGAGGCUCGGGUCCCUACCACCGAGAAUGUUGACUAUACCCGUGGACACGCUACGAAGACACCUGAGUCUCGCACAAGAAAUUCGACGGUGGUGGGUCGCAAGGGUUUGCAGCCACUGAAGCUACCCCCGUUGAACCUGCUUCCUUUGGGUACUCCCAUGACAACCAAAAUCGAGGCUUUGAAAGACAGGGAAGCUGAGGAACGGAAAUCAUAUACCCCGUCCAAUCAAGUCAUUUCAAAAACUCCCAGUACCCCGAUGACCGCUUCAAAGGUCAAUUUCUGGGGCUAUGGCGACGAGGAAGAUACGGGACCUGCCACAAUAGCCCGGAGUAGCACAUCGCAUUUUGCAUUGAGCUCUACCUCUUCAGGGGCGCUGCGGACUGCCAGCAGCACUAGUGCCUUUGAAACGCCCAAUGGCACUCGCAACAUCUCACCCUAUGCAUCAUACACUUUACCUAAGAGCGGCUCCGAGUUCAAUGCACUUCGCUACCAGGCGAGUGCCGAUUAUUCCAACCGAACAUCUCAGUCGUCUAAACUGACGGGACCACGACCUCAAACACAGAGUGUCGUUUCCACACCAGCUGCGGAAAGACUGAGCCAAAUCUCGACGCCAUCGGAGCCGGAAAGUGCUCCUGCGCCUGUCUCAAACUCAAAGGAGCGAUUGACUGUAACCCGGCUUCGCAGCAACUCCAAGGCUAAUCAGCCUUCUGAGAACGAUUCCGACUUGACCAAGUACGAUCACAUGCCGCCGCCAAAGCUUCCUGCGUCUGCGACGUGGAAUAAUUUGUCCUCCAUCCCAUCCACUAGUCCCACCGUCACGUCUUCAUUCCUCAAACCUCGGCGACAGUCAUCUGUGUCGAGCAUUUCGAAGCAAGCUGCCAAUCGGAAGCCCAGUGUCAGCAGUGAUCGAAGCUUGCGUCUGGAACCUACUCCUUCCAACGAGUCCGGUGCCAGUGAACAUUCUCAAAACCGUGCUUCUGGUGCCUAUGUCUCCCCAGUUCACAAGAUAAUCAACUCUGCCCGAUCUAGCGUUGCUGCUUCUCCUCGGUCGGCUGACACCAAUAUCGAUGCAGAUGUUGUUAUUGCUGACGAGGAGAUGAGGAGACUGGGGUCUAAGCGCAAGGACUUUGAGGUUGCAGCAAAAGAAUUGGAUGAAUUGCGUCGCAAGGCAGGACCGAAAGAUCGUGUCAGUCCCGCUCAGGCUCUGAAAAUGGCAAAUUUGAACAUCUUUGAGCGCGGCGAAAUUAUUGACUACCGGGACAUCUUCUUCUGUGGCACCCAGAAUGCCAAGAAGCAUAUCGGUGAUCUCCAUUCAGGCGCUGCGAACUUCGGCUACGACGAUGAUCGGGGAGAUUACAACAUUGUGAUGGGUGACCAUUUGGCCUACCGCUACGAGGUUGUGAGCGUGCUUGGCAAGGGAAGUUUCGGUCAGGUUGUGCGAUGUGUUGACCACAAGACCGGCGCUUUGGUUGCUAUUAAGAUUAUUCGCAACAAGAAGCGCUUUCACCAGCAAGCGUUGAUUGAAGUAAACCUCCUGACAAAGCUGAAGGAGUGGGAUCCCGAUCACCGUCACAGCGUGGUCAACUUUACCCAGAGCUUCUACUUCCGUGGCCAUCUCUGCAUUUCAACUGAACUUCUCGGCAUGAAUCUGUACGAGUUCAUUAAGGCACAUGACUUCAAGGGCUUCUCCCUCAAGCUCAUUCGCCGCUUCACCAAGCAGAUGCUUACCAGCUUGACUUUGCUGCAUGCCAAGAAGGUCAUUCACUGUGACCUGAAGCCGGAGAACAUUCUCCUCGUGCAUCCGUUGAACUCGGAAAUACGCGUCAUUGACUUCGGUUCGAGCUGCUUCGAGAACGAAAAAGUCUAUACAUAUAUCCAGAGUCGGUUCUAUCGAUCUCCAGAAGUCAUUCUUGGAAUGUCUUACGGCAUGCCCAUUGACAUGUGGAGUCUUGGCUGUAUCCUGGCUGAGCUUUUCACCGGAUAUCCCAUCUUCCCCGGUGAGAACGAGCAGGAACAACUGGCCUGCAUUAUGGAAGUGUUUGGACCCCCAGAGAAGCAUUUAAUCGAGAAGAGCACUCGCAAGAAGCUCUUCUUUGAUUCUCUAGGCAAACCUCGCCUAACCGUCUCGUCCAAGGGGCGUCGCCGUCGUCCAAGCUCCAAGGAGCUCCGACAAGCCCUCAGAUGCGAUGAUGAAGCCUUUCUUGACUUCCUCGCCCGUUGUCUCCGCUGGGAUCCUGCUCGCCGUAUGACGCCUCACGACGCCCUGAAGCACGAGUUUAUCACUGGCGUCAAGGUGCAAUCUCGGCCGCGGAUGUACGCCGCAAUGAACUCACCCUCCAAGCGAGGCACCAGCACCUCGAGCUCGCGUCCACUUCCCGAGCCUCCGGGUCACAGCUUCAAGACUGGCUCGUCUGGUCGUCUUCGUGAUGCCUCCGGGACCUCUCCCGUCAAAGGCUCCGGAAAACGACAUUCGACCGUGAGCGGCCUCCCACCGUCCAGCCCGGCGAAGCGAGCACCCACCAAUCCCACCAGCACGUCCGGAACUGCAUUGCCCGUGCCUCAGCACGAAGCAUCAGUGGGAAAACCGAUCUCGCGACGGCGGCGGCUGCGACCAGCUUAG